AAUAUUUAGUGGUAUUCGCACGCACAAAUAUUAAAUAUAUUAACCAACUCUCCACUUACAUAACCCAAAAUAUAUAUUUCUAUUUAAUAAAGCUUCGAUUAGCGUGAAGGCAGUCUAAGUGUUCUUGCAAUAUGUUUGCGUCGAAAUCCGAGUAUGACCGGGGUGUCAACACCUUCAGCCCGGAGGGUCGCAUCUUCCAAAUCGAGUACGCGAUCGAGGCGAUUAAGCUGGGCAGCACGAGCCUUGGGAUUCAGACCCCAGAAGGGGUGGUUCUCGCCGCGGAGAAGCGGGUGCCCUCGACCCUGGUCCUGCCCUCGACGAUGAACAAAAUCCUCGAGAUCGACCACCACAUCGCCGCGGUGAUGAGCGGGAUGGUCGCGGACGCGCGGAUUCUCGUCGAGCACGCCCGGGUGGAGGCGCAGAACCACCGCUUUACCUACAAUGAGGCGAUGCGGGUGGAGAGCUGCACGCUGGGGGCCUGCGAUCUUUCCAUACAGUUCGGUGAGCACAGCGGGCGGAAGAAGUUGAUGUCGCGUCCGUUUGGCGUCUCCCUCUUGAUCGGCGGGGUGGAUGAGAAGGGCCCGCAGCUCCUGCAGACCGACCCAAGCGGGACUUAUACCCAUUAUGAGGCCCAGGCCAUCGGAGGAGGGGCCGAGGCCGCGCAGGCCGUUUUUGCGGAACGCUACCACCGUAAUAUGACCUUGACCGAGGCGGAGGACCUCUGUGUGGAGAUCCUAAAGCAGGUGAUGGAAGAUAAGCUGACGAAGGAUAAUAUCGAAAUCGCGACGAUUCGCGUGGACGACGAGAAGCUGCACAUUUACGACCCGGCUACUAUUAAGGUCAUUAUCGACCGUCUUCCGGAAUAAAAAGGAAUGUGAUCUAGAUGUGUGAAAAAGGAGACUACAAAAAGUCUGUAGAAGGAAAAUGUGAGAUGAAAGGAAAAGAAAAAAAAGCUAUAUCAGAAAUGGAAAGUUUAACAUUAUUAUUGUGGUUAUUGUUAUUUGAAACUGAUCACUAACGUCCUUCUUGGCGAAGGUAUAACAUGACUAUGGAU